AUGAGUGAAUCAUUGUCUCAUAUAAACGACUCAAAGGCGGAAGGCAAGCACAUUGAUGAUGUCCUGAUUUCAAGCGAUAUCGAAAAAAAAGAUAGUUUUGUUGGUGCUGAAACAAAUCCCAAUGUCGAUGAUUACAUCUCCAAGUUUUUGGAGAUGUCGGAAGAUGCUCGUGCCGACGACCAAAAAGAAAAGCAAAUGACCUUGAAAGAAGGUAUAAAGACUUUUCCAAAAGCUAUGGCGUGGUCGGUUAUCUUAUCCACUGCUUUAAUCAUGGAGGGCUAUGACACGUGUUUAUUGGCAAGUUUCUACGCUUUUGAUGGUUUCAAAAGACAAUUUGGUGAUUAUUACCCAGAUCUUGGUGAAUACCAAAUUCCUGCAAAAUGGCAAACAGGUUUGUCAAACAGUUACAUGUGUGGUCAGUUGAUUGGUUUGUGGUUGGCCAGUGUGUUUGCUGAUAGGAUUGGUUAUAGAAAGACAUUGAUGCCCGCUUUGAUAAUGUGUGUUGGUUUGAUCUUUAUUCAAUUUUUUGCUCCUACACGUGAAGUUUUGCUUGUUUCAUAUGUCUUAUUGGGUAUCAAUUGGGGUUCGUAUCAAACAAUCACAGUCACUUAUGCCUCGGAGAUUGCCCCUGCUAGUUUGCGAGUGUACUUGACGACUUAUGUCAACUUAUGUUGGGUUUUUGGUCAAUUGAUUUCUGCUGGUGUAAUUAAAGGAAUCUCCACCAUGACUGAUAAAUACUCUUACCGUAUUGCUUAUGGUAUCCAAUGGGUUUGGCCGAUUCCUAUUUUGAUAGGGGUUUACCUUGCACCAGAAUCCCCUUACUUCCUUGUCCGAAAGGGAAGAAUUCAAGAAGCUAAGCACUCAUUGUACAGAUUGUUGACAGCCAAUUCUUACUUGCCCGACAAGAAUGUGGUUGUGGAGAGCAUGGUGACUAAAAUACAGUUGAUUGUGAAGGAAGAAGACGCUGUUGGAGAAGGAUCAACAUUUAAAGAUUGUUUCACCGGACCUAAUCUUAGAAGAACAAGAAUUGCUGCACUCACUUGGCUUUUUCAAAAUAUCACAGGGGCUACUUUGAUGGGUUACUCGACAUACUUUUAUGAGCAAGCUGGCUUAGCAACUUCAAAUGCAUUCACUUUUUCAAUCAUUCAAUAUUGUUUGGGGAUCAUUGGUACCAUUGCCUCUUGGACCUUAUCACAAAAGCUUGGGAGGUUUUCAAUAUACUUUGGCGGUAUGUGUGUGAUGAUUGUGCUUCUUCUAAUCACUGGUGGAUUGGGCUGCGCUUCAUCUGCUGGUGCUGGUUGGGGUGCUGGAUCUAUGUUGUUGGUGUACACUUUUGUCUAUGAUUCCUCCGUUGGGCCCAUGUGUUACUGUAUUAUUCCAGAAAUGCCUUCAGCAAAGUUGAGACAAAAGACAGUGAUGUUGUCAAGGAUGGUUUACAAUAUAUCCGGAAUUGUUGUCAACGUUCUUACUAAUUACAUGUUGAAUCCAUCAGCAUGGGGCUGGGGUGCCAAGACCGGUUUCUUCUGGGCUGGUUUUGCUAUCUGUGCUGCAACAUGGGCAUGGUUUGAGUUGCCAGAAACCAAAGGAAGAACAUUUGCUGAAUUGGACAAGUUAUUUGAGCAAAAAAUUCCAGCCAGGAAAUUCAAGUACACCAUUCCCAAGACUUUCGACGCUGGUGAAAUGAUGGAAAAGUUGGGUGAACAUGGAAUCAAAAACAUUGUCAAUGAACGAGAACAUCGUGAGUAUGCUGAUGAUGAAUCAUUGUAA